UUCCUCGAAGACGUCAUAGCUCCUUUUAAACGGGCCGGAAACCCCGUAGCAGGCCACAGUCAAACAGUUCGCUUCAUCGCCGCUGAAUCCAAAAUGGCCGGAGCCGACGGAGACGAUUCUCUCUAUCCGAUUGCAGUUCUCAUUGACGAACUGCGGAACGAGGAUGUUCAGUUGCGACUGAACAGCAUAAAAAAGCUGUCCACUAUUGCACUGGCGCUCGGCGUGGAGCGAACUCGCACUGAACUGCUUCCCUUCCUCACAGACACCAUCUACGAUGAAGAUGAGGUGCUGUUGGCUUUGGCCGAGCAGCUUGGCAAUUUCACAAUGUUGGUGGGAGGGCCAGAGUACGUCCACUGUCUCCUGCCACCCUUGGAGAGCCUAGCAACAGUAGAGGAGACAGUCGUUCGAGACAAAGCAGUGGAGUCUCUGCGCAAGAUCUCUCAGGAGCAUUCUCCAGUUGACCUGGAGGUCCAUUUUGAACCCUUGGUCAAGCGUCUGUCUUGUGGUGACUGGUUCACCUCGCGCACAUCUGCCUGCGGCCUCUUUAGCGUCUGUUAUCCCCGUGUUUCCAGCACUGUCAAGGCUGAAAUUCGCCAGCAUUUCCGCACCCUUUGUUCAGAUGACACUCCUAUGGUCCGACGUGCAGCUGCUUCCAAACUGGGCGAGUUUGCCCGAGUGUUGGAGUUGGAUUAUGUUAGAAGUGACAUCAUAUCCCUCUUCACAGCCCUGGCGUCUGAUGAGCAGGACUCUGUGCGGCUGCUGGCCGUGGAGGCUUGUGUCAGCAUCGCCACUUUGCUGCCUCAAGAAGACCUGGAGACCCUGGUCAUGCCCACCCUGCGACAGGCAGCUGAGGACAAAUCCUGGAGGGUCCGCUACAUGGUGGCCGACAAAUUUUCUGAGCUUCAAAAGGCAGUAGGCCCAGAAAUCACAAAGAAUGACCUAGUCCCAGCUUUCCAGAACCUUCUUAAGGACUGUGAGGCUGAAGUCCGUGCUGCUGCAGCUAACAAAGUCAAAGAAUUCUGCGAGAAUCUCCCAGAGGACAAUCGUGAGCAGAUCAUCAUGACUCACAUCCUACCUUGCGUCAAGGAACUGGUUUCAGACACCAACCAACAUGUGAAGUCAGCACUGGCCUUGGUCAUCAUGGGACUUUCUGCCAUUCUGGGCAAGGAUAACACAAUAGAGCAUUUACUGCCUCUCUUCCUGGCUCAGCUCAAGGACGAGUGCCCCGAGGUACGUCUCAACAUCAUCUCCAAUCUGGAUUGCGUCAACGAGGUGAUCGGCAUCCGUCAGCUGUCUCAGUCGCUCCUGCCAGCCAUCGUGGAGCUGGCUGAGGACGCCAAGUGGAGGGUCCGCCUGGCUAUCAUCGAAUACAUGCCCCUGUUGGCGGGUCAGCUGGGAGUGGAGUUCUUCGACGAGAAGCUCAACACUCUUUGUAUGGCCUGGCUUAUUGACCACGUGUACGCCAUUCGAGAGGCUGCCACCUGCAACCUGAUGAAGCUGGUGGAGAGGUUUGGAGCCGAGUGGGCGCAGAAUACAAUCGUGCCAAAGGUUCUGGGUAUGGCCAACGACCCCAAUUACCUCCACAGGAUGACCACUCUUUUCUGCAUCAAUGCGCUGUCUGAGGCGUGCGGUCAGGACAUCACCACCAAGCAGAUGCUACCCGUGGUCCUCAAAAUGUCCAAUGACCAGGUGGCCAACGUGCGUUUCAACGUAGCCAAAUCCCUGCAGAAAAUCGGACCCAUUUUGGACGGCAGCACGCUGCAGGGUGAAGUGAAGCCAGUGCUGGAGAAGCUGGCCACCGACACAGACAUGGACGUCAAGUACUUUGCCCAGGAGGCCAUCAGCGUUCUCUCUCUGGCCUAAGUCGAGCAACAUGUCUCACCUCAAGUCUUUUACAAGAUAUUUAUUGAUGUUCAAGAUCAAUGGCUAACUGUAUAGACCAAUCUGAUGACAACUUUUCCCCCCUCCAAUCCCUUCCCGUUCCAGCGUCCUUCAAGUUCUCUUGCUGUAAAAUCGGACGCUUCGUCUUUUAAGUGCUGCAUGCUGACUAAUAGUAUUACUAGCGAGCGAAGCAUCUGAGAGCCACCGAACCCUCUCACAUUCCUCUUUUAUACAUAUUCUCCCCUCCUUACUUCAUUGUUUUAUCAAAAAAUGACAUUCCGCAACAAGCGGUGUAACUACAGCAUUUUAUCCGGCCUUUAAUGUUAUUGUAAAACUAAACUAAACAACUUUGUGACGACACAAGUUGAGCACAAUGAGAAGCGAUGAUCGAAAAUGCUUUGUAGUGUUUGAGUCUAUCUGGCCAUACAAAAGAAUAUGAGCAAGAAUGCAGUUUAGAUUCCAGCAGUUUUGAAAAUGAAAGUCAAGUACUUUGAAGUAAUCCACUUAUCAGGCUAGUUAAGAGUAUCCACAGCUAUGUUUUAUCUCACUCACAGCUUUUGAUGGCGAUAGAUGAACAUCUGUUGCCAUCAUUGGCAAUCAAAAGUUACGUCCGUUCAUCUUCAACCAAGUCCACUUUUAGUCUUGUACUUUUUGUUUUCUUGAGGGGGGAAACUUACAUUGAUGACCAGAGUGCGUUUUUUUUUUUUUUUUUUUAAUCGUUCCUUUCAGUGCUUCACUCACUUGACGCUGUUCUACUGUGUCCUCAUCUGAAUAAAGUUACAAAGAAGG